GGAGGAAGAGGGCAGAGAGAAGCGCCCGGACCGCGGGCAGCCCCGGCCAGCAGCGGAGCGGCCGCCCCAUCCCACUCCCAGCAUGUUCCAGUGGAAGAAGACCAUCUACAAAACAGCUUGCCUCUCCUUCUUGCUGGUGAUCACGGUGACGGUGCUGCAACGGGGAAUGGCUCCCAGCCAGUUCAUGCAGGGCCAGCAGCAGAAAGAGCUGCCCCCUCUGAACCCCCUGAAAACACAGAAGAGAAAUAACGCCUUCUCCAUCCCCAUCACUUUCUGGAAGAGCGAGAAAGACAACGAGAAAGGCCCUGUGAAGGAGGAGGAGGAGGAGGAGACCGUGACAGCAAAGCAAGCAAAAUCCUGGGAUGUCACCACUACCAACUGCUCAGCCAACCAGAACUUGAGCAAGGCAGACUGGUUCAAAGGACUGGAGCCCAACUUCCAGCAGUUCCUGCUCUAUCGGCACUGCCGUUACUUCCCCAUGCUGAUCAACCACCCAGAGAAAUGCAGCGAGGACAUCUACCUGCUCAUUGUGGUCAAGUCUAUCAUCACGCAGCACGACCGCCGUGAGGCCAUCCGGAGGACCUGGGGCCAGGAGAAGGAUGUGGAUGGCAAGAGGAUCAGGACGCUGUUCUUGCUGGGCACAGCCUCGAAGGAGGAGGAGAGAGCCAACUACCAAAAACUGCUGGAUUACGAGAACCACAUCUAUGGAGACAUCUUGCAGUGGGAUUUCCUGGACAGCUUCUUCAACCUCACCCUCAAAGAGGUCCAUUUCCUGAAAUGGCUGAACAUCUACUGUGACAAAGUCCGCUUCAUCUUCAAAGGUGACGAUGAUGUGUUUGUGAGUCCCAGCAACAUCCUGGAGUUCCUGGAGGACAAGAAGGAGGGAGAGGACCUCUUUGUGGGGGAUGUCCUCUACAAGGCCAGGCCAAUCCGGAGGAAGGAGAACAAAUACUACAUCCCCAGCGCCCUCUACAACAAAAAUAGCUAUCCACCCUACGCAGGGGGUGGGGGCUUCAUCAUGGAUGGGCCCCUGGCCAAGAGGCUGCACAAGACCUCGGAGACGCUGGAGCUGUACCCCAUCGACGACGUCUUCCUAGGCAUGUGCUUGGAGGUCCUUAAAGUAUCACCUGUUGGGCACGAGGGCUUCAAAACUUUUGGCAUUGUGAAGAACAAGAACAGCAAGAUGAACAAGGAGCCGUGUUUUUUCCGGAGUAUGUUGGUGGUUCAUAAACUGCUGCCUCCCGAGUUGCUCCAAAUGUGGGACUUGGUCCAUAGUAACUUGACGUGCUCGAGAAAACUCAACGUCCUUUAGCUCAGUCUCUCUGGAG